AUGUUUUUGAGAUUUACUAACAUCAUAAACAAGUUGAAGGGCUUAGGGAAGACCUACACCAAGUUCAAAAAUGUGAGAAAGAUUCUCAGGUCACUUCCUCCAAAAUGGAGACCUAAGGUUACAGCUAUAAAAGAAUCAAAGAAUCUCAACAUAGUCCGCAUGGAUGAGCUUAUUGGAUCUCUCCUAACUCAUGAAGUUGAGUUAAAUGAAGAUGACAAGUGGACAGAAACGAAAGAGCCAAAGAGAAAGACUAUUAUUGCACUCAAAGCUGCAAACUCUUCUAAUGAUGAAAGCGAUGAAGACGAAAAUCUGAGUAUAUCAGAAAAGGAGAUGUCUCUAAUCACUAAGAACUUUCAAAAAUUCCUCAAAAGGAAAGGAAGAAAGUUCUUCAACAAGAGACAGACAUCAAGAGAGAAUAAAGGUAAAUACAUCUCUAUGGAUAAACCUUCUUUUUCUAACAGAAAAGAAAUAGUUUGUUAUGAAUGCAGAAAGCCUGGCCACUUCAAAACUGAGUGUCCAAAGGGUCAAGAUAAGAAGAAAGCCUAUGUCAGUAAAAUAUCAUGGGAUUCAAAUGAAGAACCAGAAGAAGAUCAAUCCGAAGAAGAAACCACAAAUCUAGCUCUGAUGGCUCAUGAAAGAGAAAAUGAAUUAGAGGUAAAUUCUGACUUUUUUAGUUCAAACUCUAUAAAUAGAAAUUCAUUUGAUGAUAUUGAUACAAAUGAUAUAGAUGAAGAGGAUAUAGAAAGAGGCUUUGAAGCUCUUUAUAAGGCAAGCCAAAAGCUUGAGGCUUCUAACUCUACAUUAAAGAAAGAAGUUAUUAGUCUUCAUAACAAGGUAGAUAAUUUACAUGAUUAUAUUGCUAAGCUUGAAGAAGAAAAGGAAAAUUUGAAGUCCGCUUUGAUCACCUUUACCAAAGGGCAAAAAUCCUUAGAUGCUCUUCUUGGUACACCACAAAAGACCCCUCUUGAUAAGGAAGGUUUAGGCCAUGAUGAGAAAAUCCCACAAUAA